GGCCGGGAGGUCCCCAAGGCCAGUUCCCACCACCCUCUCUCUUUCCCCGGGCGGUGCUGACCGAGGCCACGUCUAGGUUCCUUCCACAGAGGGUCAGUGUGCACCAUUCAUUCCAUCAGCUUCUUCCAAAGCAUUCCUUCGGAGAUCACUUGCUGUCCUUUAUAUACCAGCUCUGCUGCAUACAGAGACCUGGCAUGCAGAGAUUGCUGGAGCAGAACUACUGAGCAGAAGCAGGCAUUGCAUCUUUAGUUGUCAUCAAGUGUACAAUCAGAUUGGAAAAGUUGAACUUGGAGCUUCCUGCCUGCAGUGAGGCAGAGUGAUACAUCUUGCUCACGUAAUAAAAGACAUGGGCCUCCACAUGACUUUCUACCUUUCCUACAAAUUCCGAUUACUGUUGCUUUUCACUUUAUGCCUGACAGUGGUUGGGUGGGCUACCAGUAACUACUUUGUGGGUGCUAUUCAAGAGAUCCCUAAAGCAAAGGAUUUCAUUGCUAAUUUCAAGAAGGCCAUGGUUUUGGGGAAGAAAGAAACUCUGAUUAACGAAGUAUCUGCAAAUAAAGCAGAUCUGGACAACUGCCCCUCUGUCUCUCCAUACCUCAGAGGUCAGGACAAGCUCAUUUUCAAACCAGAUCUUACCCUGGAAGAUGUGCAGGCAGAAAAUCCCAAAGUGCACAGAGGCCGUUAUCACCCAGAGGAAUGUAAAGCUUCACAGCGGGUUGCCAUCCUCAUCCCACACCGGAACAGAGAGAGACACCUGACGUACCUGCUAAAACACCUUCAUCCCUUCCUGCAGAGGCAGCAGCUGGAAUAUGGCAUCUACGUCAUCCACCAGGCUGGCAGUAAAAAGUUUAAUCGAGCCAAACUCUUGAAUGUGGGCUAUCUAGAAGCUCUCAACGAUGAAAAUUGGGACUGCUUUAUAUUCCAUGAUGUCGACCUGGUGCCCGAGAAUGACUUGAACCUUUAUAAAUGUGAGGAUCAGCCCAAGCAUCUGGUGGUGGGCAGGAACAGCACUGGGUACAGGUUACGUUACAAUGGAUAUUUUGGGGGUGUUACUGCUCUAAGAAGAGAGCAAUUUUUCAAGGUGAAUGGAUUCUCUAACAACUACUGGGGAUGGGGAGGCGAAGACGAUGACCUCAGACUCAGGGUUGAGCUUCAUAGAAUGAAAAUAAUCCGGCCAAUGCCUGAUGUGGGUAAAUAUACAAUGAUCUUCCACACUAGAGAUCAAGGCAAUGAGGUGAAUAUAGAACGGAUGAAGCUGUUACAUCAGGUGUCACGAGUCUGGAGAACAGAUGGGUUGAACAGUUGUGUUUAUAAAUUACUGUCUGUGGAUUACAAUCCUUUAUAUAUCAACAUCACAGUGGAUUUCUGGUCUGGCCCAUGACCCUGGAUUGUCUGGUGAUGUUUGGAAGAACCAAAUAUUUGGAAUGAUUUUGGCCUAGAUUCUUGCCCUAGUAGCACACAUUAAGAACUUGUUGCAGCUAAUUAUCAAGCUGACUUUUUCCUUUUAGUAUUUUCUUAGCAGAGCUCCUGGUGAGAUGGAAUGUAAAACAAUUCUAGCAAAACAGCUUUUUUAUUUGUUUUGAUCAUGAAGGUUAAAAUAUUAUAGAUACUUGAAGGACAAAGUAUAAAAGGAAGACUCAGAAGAUAUCAUGCAGUCUACUUGAGAAUGCUAACUGAAGAUUUAAGUUUGAAGUGAUACAUUUUGGGAUAAAAAAGUCCAUAGGAAAUAAGAUUGCUGAAUGUCAGAAAAUCAGACUUGUUUUGAUGGAGGGAAAAAGGUACGAAGAUGUAUUUCCUUUUAUCCUGAGUGGUCAUCUGUGAAGACGUGGGUUCCAUGUGAGAAGUCAGCAGCAGGAAGGUGGAGAAAGAUGAACCAAGAGGCAGUAAACUUGGGGAUUUAAGAGGUGGCGGCACUGUCAGAUGGAGAGGCAGCCAUGGCUGUACUGGCUGCCGCCGCUGCUAAUACUGUGCAGAUGGUGUCACCUGCCGGAUGCUCCUUCCAGUAAGACCCCAGCAGAAAAAUACAUUAUCUGCUAGUUUUUUAAGCAUUUUUGUAAAAUGAUUUUGUAUAUGUAGGA